AUGGCCGCUGGUUGCAGGAUUGGCAGUGAGGUGCCUUUGUGCUUUGGCUGUGGCCAGCAUCGCUCACCAGGGCACCAAGGAGGACCGGGCGGAAAAGCAAGCCUGGACACGCCGGGUGAUCCCACAGUUGCGCGUGGUGCUCGAGGCACAUCCGAAGUCCUUUCAGGUGCAGCAGCUCGUGGCCGAAGGCUGCUGUCUCCUCCUUCGUCACGGCCACGGGAAUCUAGGUUUCUCCGAGCUGGUGGAGACUCUCAGGGUGAGGCGCAGGUUCCGACGGCGGAAAGGGCGAUGCAAACGGCCUGCGCAGAGAUUUCUAGCAUCUUUACGAACUCGGUGGCCCCGCGCCUCACCGAUCCUGGCAUCCACAGCGCGAGCUUGCAGUGCGUCCGACUCCUGGAGCUCCUGAGGGUCUUGGUUUUGUACAGCCGGAGCAGACCUUCCGAGGCUUCCGGCCGCCGAGAACGUCGGGAGGCGGAUGAGGCCUUGAUCGUGUUGCCCCAAGCGAAGAUCCUGGCAACGGUGGAGCUCCUCCUGACCUCCCUGACGCGGGAGACGUCGGUAGCUUCCCAGGUGCUUUCUGCCAGCUCCCCUACGGGUCAGCUUGUCACCAAGGCGCUUGACUUGCUUACAGCCCUCCUCGACGUUUGCGGUACGGCCGCCUUGGUCUUCUCUGCCCAGCUUCGGCGCUUUCUGGAGUUGCUGUCGGACUGGUCUCCGAAGGACCACAUCGCUCACAGCAAGGUGGUUCUCAGCUUCGUGCUGAGCCUUGAGAGGACCGCCCCGGCCAUCCUCCUUCGGAAGCCACUACUGAACCGGCUAUGCCUCUAUGCAAUGGAGGCUAUGCAGCAUGAGAUCGGCCUCACCGGUCGAACUGCGAGCCAAAGUGCCCGCACGUCGCGCAAGAGGAAGGCCGAAGUGCUGGAAGACGCCGCAGACUUCUGCCAGCCGCUGUUUCCAGUGGCAUGCCAGGCGCUAGCACGCCUUGUGGAGAGGGGCGCAGCACUGCUAGAGCAGCAGUUGGUGGCGAGCAUCUGUGAGCAGGUUGUGCACACUGUUUGGCACGGAGCUUUGCGGGCGCCUUCCACCGUCACCGGCAAAGAGCUGGACAGGUGCCUGGUGUUCAAGCAGAUCUGUCGGUCACCAGAGGCAGUGCUUGGGCUGCUUGAGGUGAUCGAGGUGCUGGUCGAGCCCAGGCAGUUGGGUUCAAAGCCCUUGGCGCCAAGCUUGCUGAACGCCUUUGCGGCCAUCCUUUCCACACUGCAGGGGGCCUUUGAGAGACACGCGCUGCAAAAGCCCAGCGAUGAUGCCAUGACUGCUGGGGUUCGCACAAAGCUCGCUCAGCUCGCCGACACCAUCCGCGUCGAUCAGUUUCCGCGACCUGCGGAAGGCAAAGGGAUCUCCAUCUCCUGGCCGGAUGCCUCAGCCCCGGAGAGCCCAAAGCUUCUUCCAUCUGCGGAGCCUUUCGGCGCGACGCCCCGAAGUCACAAAGAAACGACGAGGGAGGCGAUGCCCAGCCUCCCAACCCCAGAGAAGCUGCCGACGAAGGCCCCGGUCGUGGAAGAGCCCAUGGAGGUGGACGCGGCGGAAACUUCCGCGGACGCACCGGCAGCCACCGCAACACCCGAGGUGGUCCGGUCCACCAAGGAAGUCCAAGAAAAGGAGAUCUCAGUAGACUCCUCGGUAGACACCUUCCAGGACACCUUGGAGGAAGAUGCCGGGCCGGAGGUCUCUGAGGAGAAAGGCGAGGACCCCGUCACUGCAGCGGUCCUCCCGGUGGGCGCAAGAGAGGAAGAGGAGGCGGCGCCUUCGAGUGGCGUGCAGGAAGAGGUCUUCUCGACGCCCAUGAAUGCUGUGCAAAGGGAAGACUUCCAGACGCCCCUGAACUCUGUGACGGCGCAGGAGGUCACAGAGGCGAAUUUUCCUGACACCGUCCCGGCACUUCCAGAGGAAGUACCCGCCGCUUCCUCUGGCGACGGAGAUGCCAAGGUUGGUGACGACGGGAAGUUGGAGCUUUUCCCCGCCGAAGGAUUCCCAGAUCUGGGUGGCGGAAUGCAGGCCGCAAGUGCUCAGAUCGGCAUCGGCGGCGGGAUCCUUAGCCGGGGCACCGCGCAACUCGGCAAAGGUGUGGCGACGACCCUUCAGAAGUCUGAGCCCGACAUGAUCAAGGCCUUAGACAAAGCGUUGGGGCUGGACCACCCGACGGACAAAGUCAAGCAGGCGGCGCAGAAGAUGGUCAACAAGAACGCAGAGGCAGCGGCCGGCGGCUUAGUGGCGGCCGUGAGCAACUUCUCCAAGGCACUCAGCCAAGGGGAGCUAGAUGUUGCUGGCAACGUGAGCAGCGCUCUUGCGGCCGUCGGCAGCGCUCUGGAGAACCAGAAGGACCCAUUGGCAGGUCAGCCGGCAAACUCCGAAGACAUGGCCAGAAAUGCCCAGUACGCCAUGAACAACUUCACCUCCAUGGUUCGACAAGGUGAGCAGAGCUUGGGCAAGAUCUUUAAGCCAAACCCGCAGGCUCCGAACCCCUUCCAGGACGUCUUCAAGAAUCCUUUCGAGAAGGCGAAGCCAGCCACUAAUCCCUUAGAGGCGAUCGGCAACAUGCUGCCGGGGGCCCAGCCCGCCGCUUCCCCGAGCCCUCAGCCGGGGGUUUUCCAGUGA